UAUUUCUUCAAUGCAGAAGAAUUCCCGGUGAUGCCAUCUGAAAACGUUUGCCAGGGUAAAGAGGCUUGUGGCUGUGUGAGGCAUGGACAGAGGGUGUGCCUGUACUUGACUCAUCUUUACUGCUCCAGUGACUGAUCGGGACUGAUAGUAAGAACUGCAAGAUUUUCUUCACCAGUGGUGUGUGAGAAAUAGAGACUGAAGAAGAUGAGUGAGCUGGAACAGUUACGGCAGGAGGCAGAGCAGCUGCGAAAUCAAAUCAGAGAUGCAAGGAAAGCAUGUAGUGACACAACUCUUGCUCAGAUCACAACAAGUCUGGACUCAGUGGGUCGAAUUCAAAUGCGAACAAGGCGUACGCUUAGAGGUCACUUAGCCAAAAUCUAUGCUAUGCACUGGGGAUCUGACUCAAGGCUACUAGUCAGUGCUUCUCAAGAUGGAAAAUUAAUUAUUUGGGAUAGUUAUACAACAAAUAAGAUGCAUGCCAUUCCUUUGAGAUCCUCCUGGGUGAUGACUUGCGCAUACGCACCGUCUGGAAACUACGUUGCCUGUGGUGGAUUGGACAACAUCUGUUCCAUAUACAACUUAAAAACCAGAGAGGGCAAUGUGAGAGUGAGCCGAGAGUUGCCAGGGCAUACAGGAUACUUGUCCUGUUGUCGCUUUCUAGAUGACAACCAAAUUGUCACCAGCUCAGGAGACACCACUUGCGCUUUGUGGGAUAUUGAAACUGGUCAACAGACCACCACAUUCACUGGGCAUACUGGCGAUGUGAUGAGUCUCUCUCUAAGUCCAGAUAUGAGGACUUUUGUUUCGGGUGCCUGUGAUGCCUCCUCGAAGCUUUGGGAUAUUCGAGAUGGAAUGUGCAGGCAGUCGUUCACAGGGCAUGUGUCAGAUAUUAAUGCAGUUUGUUUUUUCCCUAAUGGACAUGCAUUUGCCACUGGAUCUGAUGAUGCCACUUGCCGACUCUUUGACCUACGUGCAGAUCAGGAAUUAAUGAUGUAUUCGCACGACAAUAUCAUCUGCGGGAUCACUUCUGUAGCCUUCUCAAAAAGCGGUCGCCUCUUGCUAGCAGGUUAUGAUGACUUCAACUGCAACGUGUGGGAUACUCUGAAAGGGGAGAGAGCAGGUGUCCUUGCUGGCCAUGACAACCGUGUCAGCUGUUUAGGUGUUACUGAUGACGGCAUGGCUGUAGCUACAGGGUCUUGGGACAGUUUUCUCAGAAUCUGGAAUUAACUGGGAGCCAAACAUGUACAUUCUCCAUUUGAGAUCUGGAGAGAUCAAUGCUGCAGCCUAUAGCUGUGAAAUAACAUUUCUACCUUGUAUUUGCAGGUGAAGUUUUUCUAUUCACUGAUUAUUACACAAAAAGGCUUUCUGUAAACUAGAAAAAAAAUCAAGUGAAGAAAUAGGGGAGGGGGGAAGAAAUCACUGACUUUUUAAAAGGGGCCAGCACACAUAAUCAUGGUGACCGACAAACUAAGAGCCAGUCUUUUUGUUUUUGGUGGUUUGGUUAGAUUGUCCUUGAAGGGUUUUUGCUUGUGCUCAGUCUGCUAAUCCUGUACUUUUUUUUGUACAUAACAGAAUAUACACAUUAUAGCAGCCAAUCAUGUAACAUUUGUCUGUAUGUAAAGAAAUAUGUUUGCAUUUUUUAAGGAACUACAUUUAUAGCUUUGCUUUUAACCCGAGAUGUCACUUCUGAGUUUUGUAGUGGAUGAACUAGAUUGCUGUUUUAAAUGUUUUUGUGAAUUUACUGUAGAUAAAGUGAAGCCAAUGGUCUGUAUGUGUUUUUAUAAUGGAAGGCAUUUGAAUUUUUUUUUUAAAGGCCCUGGAGACUCCCAGUUAAUACCUACCGCCUUAUUCACUCACUUCUUGACCUGCUUGCCUAUUUUUAAUCAUGGGGGUUCUUCCUUCAAGCCAGUGGUUCCUGGUUCAUCCAUUGGCAGUCAUGGCCUCCAAACACCAAGGAGUUAACGCCAGGCAGACUUGCAACAACAGCAAAAAUAAUCAGAAAAUAAAAAUGUAAAAAACCAAAAAAAUCCAGUAUUAGCUUCCAUACUGCAGCUUUCCGCAUCAGUUAUUCCAUGCAGUCCUUGGGCAUGGAAGCCAAGUGACCUGCAUUGCUGUCAUUAAGUGGCUGAGUGCUUUUCCUUUUGACAAUUCAGCUCUAACUAAAUGAGGUGGUUUUGGCCCGUCGCAAACUCUAGCUGAUUUGCACUAACAAAAUGAUUUGGCAUGAUGCUCAGUGCGCAGAAAGCAGUGUAUUUGCAAAGCUUGCUCAAUUACCACAACCAACUGAGAAAUUUAGGAGGACUUUGCUUAAAUUCUUAAAGGAGAUUUGAAUGUGCAGUUAAUCGCCUGUAAUCCCCCCUCCAAAUUAGGGGGUUGCCAAAGCAUACCACAACCAAAAGCGCUUGUUGUCAGUUACGUGCAGUGUGAAUUAAUAAAAGGAAUUGUGUAACUUACAAUGAACCAAAUAACCUUACUUACCUGUGUGACCCUUUAAAACUUCAUAGUAUAAACUUAGCGACUUGCUUGUUCUCCUGUGGUCACAGAGGUCUGUACCAUGGUGGCUUAUUAGAUGCUAAUUGUUCUGCAGCUCUGUCACUGUAAAUAGCCAUUUCCUCUCCUGUUCCUGAUUUUAUUCUGAUUUUAAUGUCAGUUGCUUAUAAAUGAUAGGUUCUGAUCAAGUAGAGUUGACUGUAGAUACAGGAAAAUCAAGUGACUGAUGCCCACUUGAAACUACCCGGGGAAGAUUGCUUAACUUUUUGGUGCCUGGCAGCAUGCCUGCGCUUGCAAUGGAUGUUCUCUUGGGAAUCAGAACGUCUGUGGCGUUUUUGGAAAGGGGAAUUAAGUCUAUUGGCUUCUCUUAAGUGACUUAUUUUAAAGAUACGUGAAUUUUAAAUCAUCAGGUUGGAAGAUGUUAAUCUGCCCUCAUCUGAAGUUGUGGGGAGUCUGGGUAUCUCUGGGUCAGGUAGUAAAUAUAAGUGCCCGGUAUCUUGUAAUAUAUCAAACCAGAUUUGUGGCCGAGAUGACUAUUUGUCAAGUUUCUGACGUUUGUAAUCCUAAAUUUCAGUACUUCCAGACUGUGCCUGUAAACUUGCCAUGUCUAUAAUGGUGAAGGUGCCAAUAAAUGUACCGGUCAAUCACAGUAAAUUCACUUUUAAAAAAGAAAAAGGCGCAUCUUGUGCUGGAGAAGUAUACAUUUACUAACAGCAGACUGUGGUGUAGGACCAAAAUCACGCUAUAUUGUACGUCACAGGAAUUCCGCAGCAUUUUGCUUUAUGAUCUGUCUGCGUUAACAGAACUAUAAUGGAAUUCUUGUUAGUCUCUUAAGUGAGCAGCUCUUUGGGAUCUUGCAGACUUGGUUUAUUUUUUAGUGGUGCACUUGAUUAUUUUUUUUAACUCACAGCUGCCUUGAGUGAAUCAUUCUGGAAAUUUGUUACUAAGGAAUUUUAAGAAAAUAAUUCUUUUUCUAAAAGAUUUUUUUCCAUAGAAGUGUGUUUUGAACCAAUUUCCUAGUCAACACCUUUGCGAAGACAGGUGCCAUUUUUACAUUCUGGUAUUAAAAGUAGUUUCUACUUGUGAAACUCCAAAAAAAAUUUUACAAAUGUAUAUAUAACUUUUCUUAAAAGUUCAGGUAGACUGUAAACGUGGUAAUGGCUCUCGUACAGGUAUUACUGCAAAUAAUUUCGCUGUCAUUGUUUGAUGGGCAAUUGUCUGUUGGAUACAGCUGCUUUCCAAAUAAAUAAAGAGUGCCAACUACUUCCUAAUGAGGUUUCCAAAAGCAUCGUACAAAUAUCCGCCAGCUUUUGCUACUUGGUUAACCAGUGUUUGUAGUGCUGCAGGUCCCGAGGUGGCUCCUUUUGCGUUGGUGCACAAGGCAACCUGGAAGAAGCCCGAGCGCAGCUGGGGAAGCGGUAUCUGAUGCUUCUUGGGGACUUGUAGAAAGCUUGUGAUAGAUCCUGCCUGCCAAGGUGACGUUUGCUGUUUGAUUACUGUCAUGGAUAGAGUUUAGAUUAUUUUAUUUUUUUAAAGCCUACAGAUUUAAUGUAACACAUUGUUAUUAUAUGAGGCCAAAUGAUGAAUGUGCACAGGCUGUGGUAUUGCCUUUUUUAAACGGCUAUCGGUGACCUUUCAAAAUUGAUGCCCUUACUAAAAUGGAUGUGGUUUUAAUGGUAAAAGCUCAAACUCCUCCUAAGAUGAGGAAGGUAAUAAGAUGACCCUUCAUAGGUUUUACUUAAAAGGUUUUAUACCCAGCUUUGAAUCUCAAAGAAAAUGGUGCCUAUAGUUUAACGUAGGCUCAAGCAUGCAGCUCAUGUGAUUCCUAACUGUGCACCAUGACAGCAAACUCACUUACUGUACAGCGGAUUUUGCAGCACUGGUGGGUACAUGUUAACCUGUCUUUAGAAGUUUGUUGCCCAACUACGCCAUUAUCUGAAUUUCAAGUAACUUGGGUAAUUACAGAAAUGGAGUGACUAAGAACAUUGUGCCAAAACGGUGGCAAGGUAGCUCUUCCCCAGCCUCUCUUCUCAGUCAGUCAGUCGUUUAUGGCUCGGGAAGUGGAACUAUGAUGAGCUUUGUGUAACCAGAUUUAUUUUAUUCAGGUAGAGUUUUCUGUCAGCAUUUUCUAAUGUUGAUUUAACUUUGCAAUAGAGAAUACUAAUCAGGCAAGCGCCCAGCUUGGGCUUGUUCCCGUGUAGACUUGGACAUCGGUUUAUCGGUAGAGAUACCGGUUGAGAUUCUGGAAACCACAAAAAGCUUCUACGUGGCAUCGCGGUGAUGUAUACUCGCUUACUCCAGUAACGUGGGCCUGUUUCCAUCUGUCUCCAGACCUUUUUUCUUCCAAACACUGCUAUCCUCUGCCUUGCUAAACCGCAGAUACGUCGCAGUAUCUGGCAGAACCGAUAGUUCAAUGUAUUGACAACAAUAUAUACCAUUCGAAAUGGAACGUGGAUUAAAUAAAUAGGCUUUUCCCCCUGCCUAAGGAGAGGGCCUGACUUUGACUUGGCAAAGCUGAAUUGAUGUAACAGCUGGUCCUAGUGUGCUUACUGUAAUGCAUGGGUUGGAAAUAGUUAACUCUUUAAUUCAGUUAGUGUAACCGCUUGUCCCACAAUGAAGUUCACAUUACUUUAAGGUGGAAUGAAAACAUUGUGAAAACAUUCCAAGAGUGCUUAGUCUUUCCUCUUUGAGGACACUGUCACCUCCACUAGGUUUAGUGCUGUGCUUUAAGAUGUUGGUGAGAGUAUUGGCUAAUUCAACUAGUUGGUAUAAAUGGUUGUGUAGCAGAAUGACUGAUUUUUGAGAUAGCAUUUCCUGUAAAAGUAAUUAAGCAUGGGUUGAUGGUGCACUUUGUAUACAGUAAUCUGGCAUGCAUGCUGGUAAAACUACUUCCUACACUUCAGAGGCACCACAAGCCUUUUUAUCCAAUUGCUGGUUAUGUAAAAUACAUGCAGAAUGUUAAUGCAGUGUUGUUAUGGUAAAUGUGUGAACAGUGUUACUAAUUGAUAUAACUGAUAACAGAUUACAUGUGCCUGACAUUCUUAUACCACACAGUAUGUUUAGGUUUUAACUAAUAUGGACUUCGGUGGAAUAGUCUUAGAUAUCUAUUUCAAGCCUUUGUUUUACUUACACAAUGGUGCUCUAUUUGUGUUUUUCUCCUUUUUUUUUAAAAUAAAAGCAUCUGAACACUUGUAGUACAUAUUACAUCCAAAGGAGUCCAAAACAAAAUGCUUCUAAACAUGCUUGAUUUUUAAUUUGCCUUUGGUUUCCAGCAUUUCUCAUCAGCUAGGUUUUUUGGGUUUGGUUUUUUUUUUUUUAACUUGUUGCUGACUACUUUGGAAAACUUCGGUAAUGUUACCAAUUAUGAAGUGAUUCUGCACUGCCUUUGGAUUGUGUAUGUAUUCAGAAACAGUCUUAAAGCUUUUAUUUAAGCUAUUAAAAAAACCAGGGACUUGUGCCAUUUGUUCUUUAACAGUGCUGUUGUAAAAAGACUUCCCUGUGAAAAAAAAAAUCACUUGCUAUGAACUCUGUUUAUAGCUUUUUUUUUUUCCACGAUGGAUCUUUUUCUUUGUAUUUGUACAGUGGCUCAGUGAAAGAUGUUGCCAUGAGUUGAUAUUGUAACCAAUAAACAAGUGCUUUUAACCA